ACUUUUGGGACAACCAUGACUUGGAGAAGUAAGAAUCUCCACAAACGCCAAACUACCACUCUGGGAGACUCCGCAGAUAACCCGGCAUUGAAUUCCGCUCUCGACUUCCAUUCCCACCAACCAGCUGAGCUUUCCGGCCCUUCUAGCACAAUUGAUCUCGGUGGCUGCCCCGAGGAUCUCCGCUUCCCAUCAUGCAACGAGCGACGCGGUCACGUGCUGGAGGUGGAGGCAGAAAAAUCCGGCCUUGCGUCCCUCGGAUCUGCCGCCAUGCUGUUGCUUUCGCUGCUCCGUGGCCGCUUUCGGCACAAGCCGCCUUUCCUGACGUCCCUGGUUACGCUCCUUUUGUUCUUCCUGCUGCCGGGCCCCGCUCAGCCCAUCUCCUUCCAACUGCCGGGCAAAGCCCGCAAAUGCCUACGGGAGGAGAUUCACCGCGACAAGCUGGUCACCGGCGAAUACGAGGUGGCUCCCCCGCCGGGCUCGUCUACCGGCCCGUCAGCAAAUCUCAAGAUUACUGACACAGCUGGACACAUCCUUUAUGUCAAGGAAGAUGCUACUAAGGGCAAAUUUGCUUUCACCACAGAGGACUAUGACGUGUUUGAGGCUUGCUUUGAAAGCAAACUCCCUGUGGGAACAGGGCGGAUGCCAGACCAGCUUGUGACCUUGAAUAUGAAGCACGGAGUGGAAGCAAAAAACUAUGAGGAGAUUGCUAAAGUGGAAAAGCUGAAACCAUUGGAGCUGGAGCUGCGACGAUUGGAAGAUCUUUCAGAAUCUAUUGUUAAUGACUUUGCAUACAUGAAAAAGCGAGAAGAGGAGAUGCGGGAUACUAAUGAAUCUACCAACAUUCGAGUACUGUACUUCAGCAUUUUCUCAAUGUUCUGCCUCAUUGGACUGGCAACUUGGCAAGUCUUUUAUCUGCGGCAUUUCUUCAAGGCUAAGAAAUUGAUUGAGUAGCAAGAAGGGCUAAUUUUCCCUUGUUUUGACACCCCAGGGAACAACACAGAGACCUAGUAAUGACUAUUGAGAGCCAUCUUGGAGUUGACCUGCAAAAACAAACAAUUUUCUACAAUUACCCAUCAAAGGGAUGGAGGGAGGGAAAUACUGGCACAAAAACUGAGGAGGGAAUUCAGGACUAUUGAAUAGAUUUGAAAGAGACGAUAGUUUGAUUUUGAAAAUUUUUGGACACAAAUAAAUAAAAUUGUCUCAAAUUGAUCUUUUUUUUGUUUGUUUACAUAAACAGUUAAAUGAUGUUAUCUUACAUGUCACAAAGUUGCUUGUAUCUGCCACUUCAAUACACAGAAUAUGAUGUAUUUGAACCAAUCUUGUAUAUGGAGUUGGGUAAGGGAAGUACAGGUGGUCCUCGACUUACAACAGUUCAUUUAGGGACCAUUCAAAGUUACAGAAGAACUGAAAAAGGUGACUAACGACCGUUUUUCAGAGUUAGGACCUUUGCAACAUCCCCAUGAUCAAGUGAUUAAAGUUCAGAUGGUUGCAGUAUCCCAAUAAUACGUGAUCUUUUGUGACCUGACAAGCAAAGUGAAUGGAGAAGGCCAGGUUCACUUAACUGGAUUAUUAAUUUAUUAACUGCAAUGAUUCACUUAACAACAGAGGCAAGAAAAAUCAUAAAAUGGGACAAAUUUCGCUUUACAAAUGUCUCACUUAACAGAAAUGUUGGGCUCAAUUGUGGUCGUAAAUUGAGGACUAUCUGUACUUGGAGCAGAAUUUCACAGAAGCAGAGAUUGCAAAUGAUCAGGAGCCACAUUUCAGGAAGUGGGGAGGAAUGACCAGUGACAGCUUUCUAUGAAAAUAUUUGAUAUUUAUAUUGUUAUGUUACUUCCAACGGCCUAAGAGAAAUGAUGUCAUUGUUUCAAUUACAGAAGACUUGAGGUAUAACUUCUUCAAGUUUCCUAUCCCAUACUCUGAUAUAAUUUCUGCUAAAUGUCUGGAGAUUAUCAGUCAUCCAGUUCAUUGUUGUCCCAAAGAUGUUGUUCAAAUGGCAACUUUGUUACCAACAAAGUACAGAUGCUUUUUGAACUAUAGCUUUGGGACAAUUUCAAAACAGCUCUUGAAAAAGCACCUUGAGUACUAUAAGAUAUUGUUUAUUUAAUCAUAAGAAACUUUUCCCUAACAUAUACUUGAAAUGUAUGAUUUUUCUUUUAUUUUCAUUUUCUUAACUUUUUCUUUACUUUCUGCUUUCAACAAUAAAAAUACUACUUAAUCUGUA